AAGCGUUGGAUCCCUUUUGGUAGUUGGGCGAUGAAGUCUAUUAAGUCCCUUGACCUUAGGAGAGACAGAUUCAUAGUCCAUUGAUGAACCAGAAUCAUACUUACCUCUUGUUGAAUUCACUCAUUGCUCAUCACUUCUCUCUCCAAAAUGGAAAAGAUCCAGCACAGUCAUGUACAAGUAAGAGAACUUAAGCUUCAUGUAGCAGAGAUUGGAACCGCAGGUGUUAAGGUGGUGCUGUUCUUGCAUGGGUUCCCUGAAAUAUGGUAUACAUGGAGGAAGCAGAUGAUUGCUGUUGCAAAUGCUGGGUACCGAGCAAUAGCCAUAGACUUCAGGGGCUAUGGACUGUCUGAUCAGCCAGCAGAGCCAGAGAAAGCAACUUUCAAGGACCUUGUUGAUGAUGUUGUCAGCCUCCUUGACUCUCUGGGAAUCAACAAGGCUUUUCUUGUUGGGAAGGACUUUGGAGCUAUGCCGGCAUACCAAGUAGCAGUAAUCCACUCAGAAAGGGUUUCCGGCGUCAUAACAAUUGGUAUUCCUUUCAUAUUACCUGGUCCUUCUGCUUUCCAAAGUCAUCUCCUUCCUGAAGGCUUCUAUAUAUCAAGGUGGCAGGAGCCAGGGCGAGCAGAAGCAGAUUUCAACCGCUUUGAUGUUAAGUCGGUGAUAAGGAAUAUCUAUACUUUGUUCUCAGGAAGUGAGGUCCCGGUUGCGCCCGAGGGGCAAGAAAUCAUGGCCUUGUUUAACCGAUCUACUCCUCUACCGCCAUGGUUCUCUGAGGAAGAUCUCUCAAUCUAUGCAUCCUUGUAUGAAAAAUCUGGGUUCCGUUUUGCCUUGCAGGUUCCUUACAGGACUUUAACUGUGGAUUGCGGUAUAACUGACCCAAAAGUCAAAGCUCCAUCGCUGCUAAUUAUGGGUGAGAAGGAUUGUGUCUUCAAAUAUCCAGGAAUGGAGGAGUAUAUAAAGAGUGGGGCCGUGAAGCAAUUUGUGCCCGAUUUAGAUAUUAAGUACUUGCCAGAAGGAAGCCAUUUUGUCCAUGAACAACUCCCGGAGCAGGUGAAUGAGCUCAUCAUCACCUUCCUCAACAAACACAACAUCUGCUAAGGAUACCCUGAUUGCCGAAGGUGCAAGAAUGAGCCAAUGUUUCCAUGGCAUAUGCUUGGUUGGGGAUGUAUAUGAAUCAAGCCGCGCCGAGCUUUGCAUGUUCGAACUCGGCUUAGUAAAUUUUUAGUGUGUUCGAGCUUAGCUCAAGCUCGUUGAAAUUUUCAAAAUUUAUGUUUGAGCUCGGCUCGUUUCCUUUUCAAGUGCUUCAAACUUAAUAAGUAUUUAUCAAAUAAACGAGCUGAGCUCGUUUUUAUUUUUGGGCA